GACUCAACGCUGACAGAUUUUGCAGGAGUAGACGUAUAUAAGUCGCCAGAAUUUGCUCUGUAUUCUCCAUCGAACAACACCGCAACAACACCGCAAAGAUGAUCAACCUCGGAAUCAUUGGAACCAACUGGAUCACCCACUCCUUCGUCGAGGCGGCCCACGCUACCGGAAAGUACAACCUGACCGCCGUCUACUCGCGCAAGGAAGAAACAGCAAAGGAAUUUGCAUCCAAAUACACCGACAAACAAAUCACCACCUACACGGACCUAGAAGCUCUCUCCCGUUCCUCCAUUGACACAAUCUACAUCGCAAGCCCCAAUAUUUUCCACUACGAACAAGCCAAGCUCUUCCUCUCGGUCGGCAAAAACGUCAUUGUCGAGAAACCCAGCUGCAGCACAGUAUCCGAGCUCAAAGAACUCUUCGCCCUCGCAAAGUCAAACAAAGUCGUCCUAAUCGAAGCCUUCCGCCACAUCCAAGAAGCCAACUUCAAACUCCUAAAAAGCAAGCUCCCCGACCUUGGUCCCAUCUACGGCGCGAGCAUCACCUUCGCCCAGUACAGCAGUCGCUACGAAAAAGUACUCCAAGGCGAAGUGCCCAACAUCUUCAACCUAGAGAUGGGUGGCGGCGCCCUCGUAGACCUAGGCGUCUAUUGCGUAGCCGCCGCCAUUGACCUCUUCGGCGCACCGCAAGACGCACAGUACUGGCCCGUUAAAAUCGCCACGGGCGCAGAUGGCGCUGGCCGUCUCCUUCUCACGUACCCCAACUUCACCGUCCAUCUGUGCCACUCCAAAAUCUACAAUUCUGACGCCCCGACGGAGAUCUACGGCGAAAAAGGUACGUUGGCAAUCAAGACGGUGACGGAUAUCGACGACGUGGUGUUUUGGGAUCCGAAGACUAAGACGAAGACGUCCGUGGAGAGGGUCAAGCAGCCGGAGAAGUUGAACUUGAUCGAAGAGGCGAGGGCUUUUGCGGGGAUUCUGGAGGGAGGGGAUAUGGAGGAGGUGGAGCGGUUGGAGAGGCAUAGUAGGGAUGUUUUGGCGGUGUUGGAGAAGGUGAGGAGGGAUAAUGGGUUGUUGUUUGCUGGGGGUUUGUAGGGAACUGGCGAGGUAGGGGUUGAUGGACUAGAUGAUUUCUCCAUGUAGAUAAGUUAGAAGGAUGUCACGUGAAUAUAUGAUGUGGAUAAA